AUGCAAUCAAGUGCAAUCCAGGAUAUGGCAAAGGUACUUGAUGAACAUGGUGUGGUCACAGUGAAUAUUCUAUGCUCAAGAGAUAGUAUAGCAAAUGAAGAACACCUCCUUUCGAAGUACAAAGAGCAUUUUACAUCGUGUUUCCUUCUUCGAUACAGCAGCGGACAACGGCUGCUCGUCUGUACACAGAGAGAGGGAUGGAGCUUCACGCUGCAAAAGGAGCGCUUCAUGCAGAACUUCCGAGAAAUCGACAAUCGUUUCAAUUUUGGACUGAGCGACCUCAUCUUUAGAGAGAAUUAA